GCCCAGCAAGAACCUCGUCAGCCCCCGAGCGGACCGAGGCAUGCUGGGCGUUUCUCUUUCAAGAACAGUUUCAGUGAUAUAUUUCCUGAAGCCCUUAGGCCCCAUGAGAAAAGGCCAGGAUUUGGCAUCUUACACUGCUUGGCUACUUUCCCUCUAAAUACACACCAGCAGUUUCACGCUGGGGGCUCUGGUCGCAGGAGGGAGGUGAAGAAAUACCUCGGAUUUCUAGAAAGUUUUAUUGCAGUUGCUUCUGAAUAGUUUCAUUUUUCUUUUUGGGGGGACCUGGACGUCAAAGCCCACAUUUCUGGACAAUGAAUCGCUUCUCUGGGGACGCUGGCUCUCAAGACGCUGCUGAAGAUAGAAAGCUUUACGUCGUGGAUUCCAUAAACGACUUGCACAAGCUACACCUCUGCCCCACCGAGUCCCAGCGCCUGUUCCUGCCUGCGGAGAAAGUCCCAGGGGGCGGCGCCGCCGCGGGAAGUGGGAGCUAUGGCCUGUUUUUCCUGGGGCUGAUCGUGGUGCUGCUCCUCAGCCUGGCGCUCGUCUCCUUCGUGAUCUUUCUAAUAAUUCAGACUGGAAACAAGAUGGACAACAUGUUGCAAAGACUGGCAGCAGAGGGAAAGGACAUAGAUGAUCUCAAGAAACUCAACAGCAUGAUUGUAAAGCGACUCAACCAACUGGACUCAGGACAGAACUGAAGAUAUAUGACCUUCCAAGAGCACCUGCUAACUCCAUGUUUCUGCCGUGCCGGGCGUGUCUGAGGCUGGGAGCUGAGCCCAGCAUUUCUGCAGAGGGUGGAUUAUCUGGAUGGGGAGACCCCCUGGGGCCAACUUCCUGCUACAGGGAUGUGAACCGCUCCAAGGCCAGGGAAGGGGUAGAUAGGGGCCACAGGGACUCAUUUUAUGGCUAGGUCCUUCAAGUUUAAUGGGAUGAGGUGGGUGGCUGGCAUGAAGGAUGACCAAUAAGAAGCAAGAUAAUUCAGCCCUAUAACACAAUGUCUCUGACAAUGGUGUUCUGUCACCAGAACAGCGAGGUGUGCGUGCCUUCACACACUCCCACAGUGAAGGACAGCAUCUGUGGUCAAGGGAACCAGACGACAGGCAAUCUUUUUAAUAAAAGAAAUUCUGCUCGGGUGAUUAAACUUGGACUCUUAUUUCCCCAGGGAUGGGCGAUGGGCGGACUGCAGAGCUGGUUGCCUCCUGGUAUUUAUGCUGGUAGUCACGUGUGUA